AAAUAUACUACACCUUUUCUUUCUUGUCUUCAUGUUAAAGCAGCAGGAUUAAGCAUAUAUGAAAAUUUAGAUUUUACCUUUUUGCUUUCUUUUCCCUUCUAAGCAGCUGCACCAUAUUUCUUGUUUUGUUUUAGAAUCCUGGAUCGUGCAUCUCAUGCUUAUUCAAACCAAGCAAUAAAAGCAUAUUUCAUGAAUGAUGAUGAUGUCUUCAUCAGAAGCCUUUUCAUCAUCACCAUCAGCAGCAGCUCCUUCGAGUUCCAGCAUCAUCCAUUACGGAAACCCUAAUUCAAUUCCAAGAGUAGUGAAGAGAAAGCGAAGUCAACCAGGAAGACCAGAUCCAGAGGCAGAAGUAAUAGCUCUAUCGCCAAAGUCGCUGAUGGCAACAAACCGUUUCGUAUGCGAGAUAUGCAAGAAAGGGUUUCAGAGGGACCAGAACCUACAGCUGCACCGGCGAGGGCACAACCUGCCGUGGAAGCUUCGGCAGAGGGAGAAGGAGGAGGUGGUGCGGAAGAAGGUGUACGUAUGUCCGGAGAAGAGCUGCGUCCACCACGAGAGUUCUCGUGCGCUGGGGGACUUGACGGGGAUAAAGAAACACUACAGCAGAAAGCACGGCGAGAAGAAGCUGAAAUGCGAAAAGUGCUCCAAGAAAUACGCUGUUCACUCUGAUUGGAAGGCUCAUACCAAGAUCUGUGGCACCAGAGAGUAUCGUUGUCACUGUGGCACUCUCUUCUCCAGGAAGGACAGCUUCCUCACUCACAGAUCUUUUUGUCAAGCCUUGCCUCAAUUUCAUACUGCUUCCAUGGCACCACCAUCACUACCACUAUGGCUUGACCAAACAAUCAACCAAGAGAACAAAGUCGGAGACUUGUUGUACUCAUCAUCAUCAUCCACACUCAUGUCGGCCACUGCGUUGUUGCAGAAAGCUACACAAAUGGAAUCUACCCCCAUGGCUUCUAACAACGACAAUGCCUUUGUUGGAUUCAUGCUCAGCUCUUCGUCUCAGUUCUCCUCCUUCAAUAACGAUUCAAACUUGAUGCAACACCCACUUGGGUUGACCAGAGACUUUCUUGGCGUUGGGGUCACCACCAAGUUCAUGACUAAUCCAAUGGGAUCCCUCCUCGACUUCCAAACCAAUCCUCUUCAUCAUCAUCAAGAAUAUAUGUAGGUGAGGUUAAUUGUAUGAUACAUAGAUAAUAAAAAGAACAAGUUAAGUUAAUUAAGUAGCUAAGUUAAUGAUGAUAGAUGGGUCACGGAGGCAUAGCAUUGAGAUGAGAUGAGAUAUGACAGGAUCCAUCUCGUGAACUAAGUGGGGGCCAACCCAUAUUUGGAACCACUAUCUAUAAUAAUAUUCCCUCACCUCUUUCAAUUA